AGCAUGUCUUCAAAGGCUCACAGUUCCAAUAACAUCGCCCAUGCUAGACGGACUGUGCAGCAGCUGAGGAUAGAGGCCAGCAUCGAUAGGAUAAAGGUAUCCAAGGCCUCGGCGGACCUUAUGACUUACUGCAACGUUCACGCCAAAAACGACCCUCUCCUCAUGGGCAUCCCCGCCUCAGACAAUCCCUUUAAGGACAAAAAACCCUGCACAAUAUUGUAG